UCGUUGACGAUGAUUGGUGUUCUGUCAGGAAUCGUACCGAAAGUCAUUCAUGCAGCUGGCACUUAAAGCAGACUGCCGAUUUCAAGAUGCAGUACCUAGGCCGUCUGAUGAUGGACACCCUCAGCACGGUGUCCAACCUUUUCUCUAACCCAUACCGAGUACAGGAAGUGCCCUUUUCUGACUAUAGGGGGCCUUCAAAGGUUUUGCUGAUGGAAGAUGGCAAGAUUGUACUUUAUAGAAAUCAGUCAACACAGUCAUGGGAUUGUCUGCUUCUCGUUCACGACAGCAAGCAAAACGUCCAAAGGCUCUUCCAAGUCGCCAGUGAGGGAGAUGCACGGAAUUGGUUUGCCCAGUAUUCCACAAAGCUGCGCCCUUUCUAUGAAAGUUCUCCUUUGCCCCUCCGCACAGAGAUCCUCCAGCAGAUUACGGAUUGUUUACGCAACCACCCAGACUGGUCACCUGCCCACAUUGCCGUGGAGACGGGACAGAGGGAAUGUCUGAAGCACAAUCAUGUGAUGAGUCAGAUCAACAGUCAGGACAAUGAGACUGGUUGCACCCCUCUGCAUCUGGCUUGCCGGAAGGAGGACCUUCUUUGUCUCCGUGAGCUUUUGGAGGACUGCCAGGCCAGGCUGGAUGUAGUAGAUAAGAAUGGGGAGACGCCGUUUCACUAUGCUGCUGGUCAGGACAACCGUGAGGUCAUGAAGAUCCUGUGCUCCCACACGUCCCAAGGCAUAAACCAAUUAAGCAACAAGGGGGAGACGCCACUUCAUGUAGCCUGCCGCAUGGGUAAGGCAGAUACUGUCCGUGCACUGCUGAACAGUGGGGCCCUCGGCAACGUGAUGGGAGGACAUGGCUACCCCAUCCACUCCGCUAUGAAGUACUCAUACAAAAGCUGUGCAGAGAUAUUGUUGGAUGCUGACAGGAAGCAACUUCUCUUUGAAGAUCCCCUUUAUGGUGGAACACCUUUGCACUGGGCAAAAAACAGAGAGAUGGCCCGCUUGCUGUUGGACCGUGAUUGCCAUGUCAAUUACCUGAGUAAGACAGGAGAUACGCCACUGCAUAUCCUGGUUAAGAGGAAGCGCUUUGAUGCUGCCAUGGUGUUGCUUACUUAUGGCGCCCAACCCAAUACCAAAGGAGAGAACGGCAACACACCUCUGCAUAUUGCCAUGAAGCUUGAUGACAUAGACACGAUUAAAGCCCUUAUCGUGUUCGGUGCUGACGUUGAGAUUCCUAAUGACUUUGGGGAGACCCCUGGUUUGAUUGCCGCUCGCUGCAGCAAAGGUACCAACAGGAAGGUGAUGCUGAACCUGCUGUAUAGUGUAGGUGCUGAACGGUGCCACCCUCCCUCCCCUGAUACCCCCCAGCGACUCCUACCUCCAGCUGCAGGCCUCCAGAGACCACCUCCACCACUAGGGUUUGACGACAUAAUCCAUGUUGCCACAGUGUUGGGUGAUCUGAGCAGAGGGAUGGACCAAGUGGAUAACAAGAGGAUGGCUCAAAGGAAGUAUGACAGGUUGCUUUGUCUGGAUGGAGGUGGAAUUAAAGGUCUUGUUUUAAUCCAGCUGCUUAUUGCCAUUGAGAAGGCAGCUGGUCGGCCAAUCAGAGAGCUUUUUGACUGGGUUUCUGGUACAAGCACUGGAGGCAUCUUGGCACUGGCUGUGGUUCAUGGGAAACCCAUGGAAUACCUUCGAUGCCUCUAUUUUCGAAUGAAGGAUGAAGUGUUUAAAGGAUCUCGCCCGUAUGAGUCGGCACCACUAGAAGAGUUUCUGAAAAAGGAAUUUGGUGAGACCACAAAGAUGACAGAUGUUCGACACCCUAAAGUGAUGGUGACAGGAACCUUGGCUGACAGACAUCCUGGAGAGCUCCACCUUUUCAGGAAUUACGAUGCUCCUUUGACUGGCCUGGAUCCCCCGUACAAGAGAAGUGCUCACUUCCAGCCUCUCACUGAACCCACUGCCGAUGAUGUUGUGUUUAUGGGGUAUGUGCGGAGAGCAAGCAAGCGUCAGAAAAUAAGUGAUGAAGAACAGCUUGUGUGGCGGGCUGCUCGCUCCAGUGGGGCUGCACCUACCUACUUCAGACCAAUGGGUCGGUUUUUGGAUGGUGGUUUGCUGGCCAAUAAUCCAACGCUUGAUGCACUCACAGAGGUCCAUGAGUACAACAAAGCUCUGAAGCACAGGGGCAUGGGGGCUGAGGCGGUGCAGCUUGGAGUGGUAGUGUCCCUUGGAACGGGAAAGCCACCACAAGUGGCGGUUAACUCUGUCGAUGUGUUUCGUCCUUCAAAUCCUCUGGAGCUUGCUAAAACGUUUGUGGGGGCUAAGGAGCUGGGUCGCAUGCUGGUAGACUGCUGUACAGACUCGGAUGGGAGAGCAGUUGAUCGUGCAAGAGCUUGGUGUGAGAUGACUGACAUCACGUACUAUAGGCUGAGUCCCCAGUUCUCCAUGGAGGUAACGUUGGAUGAGACUCAGGAUGCCCUACUGGUUCACAUGCUCUGGGAGACGCAGAUCUACAUCUAUGAGCAGAGAGAGCAAAUUCAGAAACUGGCUCAGUGGCUUCUGGAAGCCUAACUAUGGACAAACGAGUGACUAUGGAGAGACUGCUGCCAGACUCAAAAGGGUUAUUCCUAUUGAAUGUAGCUUUAUGACAGCAUCUAGCGAAACAGAAAAGACGCGUGGUGUUCUUAGAAAGGACAAACUGACAGAUCCAAGGCAUGGGGGUGUCUGAACAUAGCCUUCUGCUUUUCAGUUAAAUGUAACAGCACCUGUUCAAACUCAUGAUGUGGGCUUUUGCUAUAGCUUUUUUUAUUAGUCUUCCAUUAAUUAUUAAGAAGAUUACUAACAGCUGUAUGUGCUCAUACAUAUGUAUUAGUACAUAUAAUAUUGAAUUUAAUGCAGUUUGAAAAAAACUGAACAUUUUUCUUGGCAAAUAUCCCCACAUGUGGGUUUUCAGCAGGUUGAUCAAUUUAUAAUGGUAGUGAAAACCAAAGGACAUGUCUUUUAUGUAUAUUUUUCUAUAUGGACUGCCUAGCUGUUGAUCCUGAAUAGGUUUCUUUGAUAUUAAUUUGACUGAACAAAGCAUAUUUUUUGUCGAUGAGGUAUUACCAUUCAAACUUGAAAUUGUAUUUAAUGUUAAUGUAUGUGGAAAACAUUAUGGAAUGACGGAAAAAUACUUGGCUAUUUUGGAAAAACCUUCACAGUCCACAUGCGGUUAAGACCAUUAAGUACUGACUGCAAAAAGUUGUACUGCUGCUCUGUUGCAAACUGACUUCAUUUAUUCCGACUGUGAAAUUACAAGUGACCUCUUCUCAGUAGUAUUUUUUAGUUUGAACACUAGAGGGUGUUGCCUCCUACUGCUUUACAAAAACAAGAAAAAAAAUAAAUAAAUAAACUGCAAAAAUCUUAAAAUUGAUUCUUAUCCCAUAAUAUACUACCAAAUAUUCUAUGGACUAAAAAAUAUGGCAUAUUAAUAAAGUAUAAGAUAUAGGAUGUGAUUUAUGUGAUGACUUCAAUAAAUGAGAAAUAAGUUGCAGUUUACUAGCAGGACUCUGUAAAGUUAACAAAACAAAUAAAUAAGAAGAUAAUAAGUAGGAGCCCAUAUAAUUAUUGAAGUGCAUUUAAAUAAUAAACAGCUGAUGGAGAUUUCUAGUAUAAUGCUUUUGAUUAGUAAAAUGUCCACUGCACACAAAAAUCUUGAGCCCAUUCAUUAUCCCGAUAAUCCAAUCUUUGUUAGUUUACGCUGCCUUACAAAAAGGUCGCUGACUUUGAAAGUGCUUAAUCUGAAGUGGCAUUUAUGGCAUACCAUAAAGGGAAAAUGUUUGAAUUAGUUAUAUCACACUCGUUUUUCAUGAAGGAAACUACAUAAUUAUGUGCUGCAAGCUUUGCGUUACUGACUGUUGAAAAGAGAAAAGUUAAUAGUUCGAAAUCGGAAAUGAUUUAAUAAUGUGAAAUUGGAAUCCAAAACAAAAAAUAAAGCCUUAUUCUAAUGAAGACAUCCGUUUUAUUUAUAAUAUACCUGACUUUUUAUAGAGACUUUAUUUGAACUUGAAUUUUUAACCAUAUUUUUGACGUGUUAAUCAUACGUUUGACGUUUUGCUUUAUUUAAUAUAAACUGAAGUAAUUGUCUUUUACCUUAUGUUUCGGUUUGUAUGUUUUUGUGUGUAUCAGCUUCAUACAUUGAGGAGGAUGGAUAGCAGUUUUGGUGUUAUGUCCGUCCAUUUCAAAAUGCACUUCCUUUAUUAAUUCUCACUCACACUGAGUUGUGGAGUGUAGGGGAACGAGACCAUGACCGACCUCCGCUCAGAUCCCUUUGUCUUUCCUUUCUGGGUUUUGCAGGUAGAGGGAACGUGAAAGUGCGUCUAUUCUCUGUCACCUCCAGCCCUUUUUGCUUACAUUUUCAAUGCCUAUUAAGUAAUGUCACAGAUAGGCAAAUAAUUCCUUACUGCCUUUAUUAUAAGAUUUUCAAAAACAUUUGAGCUCAAAGGUCAAGACUACUUGAGCUAAUGUUUAAUAUUUAUUGUUGUACCUUGUAAGCAUUUCUUUGACAGAGUUUAUCUAUUGUCGAUAUGCAGUUUAUAUAUCAUCUCAUUGUUACAUUAAUUGUAUGCAGAUGCAAUAAACAUCUUGUCUUCAUUUUG